AUGGUUGAUGUCAAGAUAGGUGUUGGUAAACAAUUUACAAAUGAAUAUGAGUUUGUUGUUCGUGAACAUAUACUUGAACGGAUCCGCAUUGAGGCUGCCAAAUUGGGGUUCAAUGUUGUAAUCGGGAGGCCAAAUUAUGGUUCUAAUAGAAGACAAACAUUUGUGACACUUAGAUGCAAAAGAAAUGACAAGUACACAAAACCUAUUCGAAAGUUGAAACACGAUGGCACCAAUUCGAGGAAAUGUGAGUGUCAUUUUAAGUUGUGUGGGUAUCUUAUGGUGAAUAAUACAUGGACAUUUAAUGUGAUUUGUGGUAUACAUAAUCAUGGCAUGUGCUACAAGUUAGUCGAUCAGUCCAUUGCAUGUUGCAUUAAUCUUAAAGGGAAAGAACUUGUUUAUGGUAUGACAUCGAACAUGGGUAGCCCAAAACAUACUUGCAAUUGUGAAAUAGAAAAGGCCUCAAAAUGUCUCAAAUAUCAAACAUGUAUACAAUGUCCGUGUCCGAAACAACAAGACAGUAAGAGGUUCAAGAAUUGA